UGCAGGGCUGUAAUUGAAGUACAAGAUGGCAAGAACCAGCCACAGCAACUAUGUCCUUCAGCAGCUAAACAACCAAAGAGAGUGGGGCUUUCUGUGCGACUGCUGCAUCGCUAUCGAUGAUAUUUAUUUUCAAGCACAUAAAGCAGUUCUUGCUGCGUGCAGCUCCUAUUUUAGGAUGUUUUUUAUGAACCAUCAACACACUACAGCCCAGCUGAAUCUAAGCAACAUGAAGAUUAGCGCUGAAUGCUUUGAUCUUAUUUUACAGUUCAUGUAUUUAGGAAAAAUUAUGACAGCCCCUGCCAAUUUCGAGCAAUUUAAAGUGGCCAUGAACUAUUUACAGCUCUAUAAUGUACCCGAAUGUCUAGAAGAUAUCCAGGACACAGACUCAUCUAGUUUAAAAUGUUCAUCUUCUGCUUCUAGCACCCAGAAUAGUAAAAUGAUAUUUGGCGUGAGAAUGUAUGAAGACACGCUUGCUAGAAAUGGCAGCGAAGCAAACAGGUGGGGCAUGGAGCCGCCAAGUUCAACAGUAAAUACAUCCCAUAACAAAGAGCCCGAUGAAGAAGCUUUGCAACUAAGCAGCUUCCCCGAACAACUGUUUGAUGUCUGCAAAAAAACCACCACGUCCAAAUUCUCUCACACAAAAGAGCGCGUGUCCCACUCGCGGCGCUUUGGAAGAAGCUUCACCUGCGACAGCUGCGGCUUUAGUUUUAGCUGCGAAAAGCUCCUGGAUGAGCACGUGCUAACGUGCACUAACAGGCAUUCUUACCAAAGUGCCAGGUACUACAGUGCUGAAAAAAUAGACUUUAACGAAAAGGACUCUACUACUAAAAUAAUCUCCACGCAAACGGAAAAAUACAAUGGGGACUCGAGCCAAGCUGCAGAUGAUUCUUCAUCUCCCGUGUCAAACAUCACGAGCAGAAAAAGCAGCACGGUUGCCUCCGAGACAUCAGGUGAAGAAGGAAAUAGAGCCUCCGAGAGGAAGAGGAUUAUCAUCAAGAUGGAACCAGAGGACAAUCCUGCAGAUGAGAUGAAAGAUUUUAAUAUUAUUAAGGUGACAGAUAAAGACUGCAACGAGUCUUCUGACAAUGACGACCUAGAUGAUGAACAGGAAGAGCCGCUUUACAGAUACUAUGUUGAGGAAGAGAUCAGAGAGAAGAGAAAUGCUCGGAAGACUUUAAGAUCCCGUUUAUCCAUGGAUGAGGAUGAAAGGAAGUGUUUGAAAAGUCCACGGCACCUUAACAGAAAGGCUCCUUCAGUGCAGGAAGAUGUGGAGAACGCUCCCUGUGAACUUUGUGGGCUAACAAUCACCGAGGAAGAUUUGUCCUCUCAUUAUUUAUCCAAACACAUAGAAAAUAUAUGUGCUUGUGGCAAGUGUGGUCAAAUCCUGGUCAAAGGCAAGCAGUUACAGGAUCAUGCCCAGACCUGCGGAGAACCCCAGGAUCUGACCAUGAACGGUAUCAGAAAUUCUGAGGAGAAAAUGGACUUAGAAGAAAACCCCGAGGAGCAGUCAGAAAUACGGGACAUGAUGUUUGCAGAGAUGCUAGAGGACUUCCGGGACAGUCAUUUCCCAAUGAACAGCCUUCAAAAAAAACAGUUAUACAAGCAUUCUGCCUGUCCGUUCCGAUGCCCUAAUUGCGGUCAGCGUUUUGAAACUGAAAACCUAGUGGUUGAACAUAUGUCAAACUGCCUGGAGCAAGAUCUGUUCAAGAACUCCAUGAUGGAAGAGAACGAGAGGGAUCACAGACGUAAGCAUUUCUGCAAUCUUUGCGGGAAAGGAUUUUAUCAGCGUUGCCACUUGCGGGAACACUAUACCGUUCAUACCAAGGAAAAACAGUUUGUUUGUCAGACAUGUGGGAAGCAGUUCUUAAGAGAGCGCCAGUUGCGGCUCCACAAUGAUAUGCACAAAGGCAUGGCCAGGUAUGUCUGUUCCAUUUGUGAUCAAGGAAACUUCCGAAAACAUGACCAUGUACGGCAUAUGAUAUCUCACUUAUCAGCUGGAGAGACUAUAUGCCAGGUCUGCUUUCAGAUAUUCCCAAAUAAUGAGCAACUGGAGCAGCACAUGGAUGUUCAUCUGUAUACAUGUGGAGUAUGUGGAGCAAAAUUUAAUUUGAGGAAAGAUAUGAGAUCUCACUAUAAUGCCAAGCAUUUGAAAAGAACAUAAGCGUAAACAUACUGUUAAAGCAUUAAGUUGGCAGCAGAGAGAACACCAAAGCAAGGCAUACAGUGUAGUAGACAAAAAUUGAAAAAAAAAAAAAAAAGAAAAUAAGUCUUUUUUAUUAUUAUUUUUUUUAAGACCCUCCUAACCAUAGGUGUCUAUUUAGGCUCAUGCAGUAUAUAGCUUUGAAAAGCAUCAUGUGUUUAAUUAUUACAUUUUCACUGUUUCCUAAUAUCAGUUUCUGUUCUUAAUUUUAUUGUUUUACUAAGUAGAUAUACAAAUCAUUAUUUUUAAACUGUAGAUUAAAAGCACAAUGUUACCCCUUCACUGACUUCUAUUAAACAGUUCUCGGAUCC